GCUGAUUGGAGAGGGGGGCGUUAUCCUGCGCGGUAGCAUCUUUGUUCAUAACACGCAGAGGCUGUUGGAGCUCGGUGGGCACGUUUCAGUCUGAAGUGACAGGCGGCGGCGGGAGUCUCCCCUCGACUAUUUCCACUUUGUGUGAGCAGAGGAACGACGAUCAUGUCUUUAACAAACGGCCAAAGCGUGAGCAAAGAAACAUGGGACUCGCACAACAAGAUGAUGCUGGAUCCUCUGUCCGUCAGCGACUCUGAGGUGUUUAACAUCAUCAAAAAAGAGAAGCACAGGCAGAUUUAUGGUCUGGAGCUCAUCGCGUCGGAGAACUUUGCCAGCAGAGCGGUCCUGGAGGCUCUGGGUUCCUGUAUGAACAACAAGUACUCUGAGGGAUAUCCCGGUCAGAGGUACUACGGUGGUACAGAGCAUGUUGAUGAGCUGGAGAGACUCUGUCAGAAGAGGGCGCUGGAGGCUUACGGUCUGGACUCUGAGAAAUGGGGCGUCAACGUGCAGCCGUACUCAGGUUCUCCGGCUAACUUUGCUGUCUACACGGCCGUCGUGGAGCCUCACGGCAGGAUCAUGGGGCUGGACCUUCCUGAUGGAGGUCACCUGACUCACGGCUUCAUGACGGAGAAGAAGAAAAUCUCUGCCACGUCCAUCUUUUUUGAGUCCAUGCCGUAUAAGGUGCAUCCAGAAACUGGCUACAUCGACUAUGACAGACUGCAAGAAAACGCUCGGCUGUUCCACCCCAAACUCAUCAUUGCAGGAACGAGCUGUUAUUCCCGCAACAUCGACUACGCCCGCAUGAAGCAAAUCGCAAAUGAGAACGGAGCGUACCUGAUGUCAGACAUGGCUCACAUCAGUGGACUGGUGGCUGCUGGAGUCGUGCCUUCACCCUUUGAGUACUCUGACAUCGUUUCCACGACAACACACAAGACACUGCGCGGCUGCCGUGCUGGACUCAUCUUCUACAGGAAAGGCGUGCGCAGCGUGGAUGUCAAGGGGAAGGAGACUCUGUAUAACUUGGAGUCGUUGAUCAACCAGGCCGUGUUUCCAGGUCUGCAGGGAGGACCGCACAACCACGCUAUCGCAGGUGUUGCUGUUGCUCUAAAACAAGCCAUGACGCCUGAGUUCAAGGCCUACCAGACGCAGGUUCUUGCUAACUGCAAAGCUCUGUCCAGUGGUCUCAUCGACCAAGGCUACAAGAUCGUUACUGGCGGCUCUGACAACCAUCUGAUCCUGUUGGACCUGCGCAGCAAAGGAACUGAUGGAGGACGAGCUGAGAAGGUUCUGGAAGCCUGUGCCAUCGCCUGUAAUAAGAACACCUGUCCAGGGGAUAAGAGUGCUCUGCGUCCUAGCGGUCUGAGGUUUGGCUCUCCAGCUCUGACCUCCAGAGGUUUGGUGGAGGAUGACUUCAAGAAGGUGGCCGAGUUCAUUCACAGAGGUAUCGUGCUGACCCUGGAGAUUCAGUCGAGCCUAGAUCCAAAGGCUCCUCUGAGGGAGUUCGUUCAGGCUCUGGCUCAGGGAGAGAAGUUCCAGCAGCGAGUAGCAGAAAUCAAAACGGAGGUCGAGGCUUUCGCCAGCCGGUUCCCCAUGCCGGGCCUGCCUGAGCUGUAGAGAUGAUUGUAACAAACACUGUUUAAGCCAAUGUAUAUUUGUUGAUUCAAAUAUAUACUUCCUCAUGACUUCACAACAGUAGAUUUGCAGACUUCACCGUCCUCCGUUAUUCAGUGUUGCUGCAGUGGCCUUGCUGUUUUUCCACUGUAGAUCUGGUCUCAGGCCAGAUCACCCUGCAGCUAAUCGCCACGAUGCCUGUUUUAGUCCGAUUAUGGCCUCACGAUCACAGUUAAGCUUUAAACUUGUCAGAAAAUCUUUUGUAUUAAAUUAGCAAUCCAAAGUUACUGUACUGCACAAAGUGUGACUGUUUGUUUCAUACAUGAGCAUUCUCUGUCAUAUACUGUCUACAUGUACGGUUUAAUAAAAACAAUUUGAUAACAUAAUUGUUACAUUAAAGCAACCAAAAUGAAUGAAACUACAA